AUGAAUCUCCCCUUGUCGCAGUAUCAGAUACCCACACCGAUCGCUAAAGCGUUUGCCGAGUUCUCAUACGGCGAAGAAGAGAUGUGUGCUAGAGAUGCCGGAUUGGGGCUUUUCUUCGGCACACUCAAGACCGUGGUGGGUCGAAAGUUACGGAAGGGUUCAGACCGGAGCAGCCAGCCGGCGCUCGUGUCGGAGAGACAUCAUCCGCAUUUUUCAGUCUAA